AUGGCUAGUAGUGUAAGUUUACAUAAGAAUAUCGAUUUCAGUAGUAUAUAUCCCAAAUGCAGAAAUGAGUAUGAAGCAGCAAAGAAUAUUUAUCGUAAUGGUACCCCAGAAAAUACCAGUUUGGGAUUUGCGUGCAUGGACAUUUGUCAAGAAUUAACCGGAAUACGCGGUCAAUGUAGUUUUUAUCUACAUUGCAUAGAUACUGGUAGUUAUUUAUUUUAUAUAAAAAAUAAAUUUCCUACUAGUAAUGAACAAAAUUGUGAAUAUUACAAUUAUAAGCUAAAUGAGAUUUUUAAAAAUUUUGGUACAAAAUGCAACAAUAAUGAAAUCGAUUGCUACAAUAAAAUAACAAGACACAGAAACAAUGUAAGAAUGUCUAUACCUGAUGUAUGCAAAGGUCAUAUUAAAAAACUUGAAUACGGGACAUAUAAAAUAUUUAAUGUCAUGGAUGAAUUAUAUAAGUAUAUAGAUGAUAUAGGUAGAAAUGAUUAUGUAUGUCAUUUUCGUAGACCAUGUGUUAAGAAAUAUAAUGAUCUUAUAAAUGAAAGAGAUAUAUUAAAAAUCCAAAAUGCUAGUAUUUACAAUUUGCUGGAUAAUUUUAGUAAAUCAUAUAACAGGUAUAAAGAUCACAAAGAUUACUGCCCAGGAACACCAACUAUAAUAGAUUCUCCUGAAGAAAAAGAUAGAAAGAUGCUUCAAGAGAAAGAGUCAAAGAAAUAUACACAAGAGAAAUUUCAGAAAACAGAUAAAAAUGAGCAUGCAGACCAGGUCCCAAAGGUGACAUCAUCUAAGGAUCAAAAAUUCAUAUCAUCUUCGCUUCAAGAGGUGACACAAUCUACAGUCCAACAGAUCACAUCAGAGCCUGUCGCACAGGUGGACACAGGAACAUUCGCAGGAAUAGUAUUUUUAAUAAUUACAGUAAGUUUAAUUAUAUUCUUUAUUUAUAAGUUUACUGCAUUGGGGUCAUUAUUACAUCCUAGAGUAAGGAGAUUAAAGAACAGGUUGAUCCGAAAAAGUACAGACGAUUUCAACUUAAUAGAUUCAUUCAAAAUAUCACAGGAAUUAUCAAAUCAUAAGUGCCGAUUAAAAUAUUCCUUAGUAAACUAA